UUUUUUUGUGUGUGCAAGCGAACACGUGCUAGGCACAACAUACCACACGGUAGGCGAACACCACUUUGCACUCUGUACCACACAGUCUACAACUGACCGGAAAAACCCUACAGCACAAAUGCACAGACGAGACUCUCGUUCGACUUGCCAAAUUCAAUGCUUCCCUUGAUUGUACGAGUCCAGUACACUCUCCAGCAGCUUGGUCCACCUACACUUGUUAGGCGCAUGUGGGCCCAUCUUGUGAAGGCAGUUGUCUUCCGUGACCUUGGUGAUCUAGCACUUUCAACCCUAUACUAACCACACGUGCACCGGAAACCGAUUGAAUUUUCGUCAGCUUUCGUGGUUUCGAAAGAAUACCAAUCUUUGGCUAAUUGCACUCUGUGAACUGUUGAUUGAUUAUAUUCUGUCUGAGGAUAUUUACAGGAAGGGAACCAUUAAAAUAUCGACCGGUUUUGCUACAAACCAUCCCCAUUCUGUCAGAUACACAUGGCUCCAGCAAAGAUGCUCAAUCUUCGUGGGGGUUCAGUCAGCCCUCAUGCGCGGCCUUACAGCACGUCAGUAAUCAAAGUCGGUGGAGAGGUGUUCGACCGAGAUGGAUACCGAAUGGAUGUCACCGUCUGGUUUCGCCAUCGGAAUGAAGUACUAUUUUAUCUGGACAGUGGUGGGAGCGUGCAUGGGCCAAUGGAUCAGAAGCAUUCCACCCGCUUGGGGAACAUAAGUCGAAGUGGUCAACUUAUUCCUGGGUCACGAUAUUACCUGGGUGACACAGGGGCUCGAAAUAGACUCUUUCGGAGACAGUCGGAGGGCGGAAUCUGGGAGACACAUUCGGAAAGUAAUUUCCGCGGUCGUACACUUUCUGAAUCACGUCGCCCCUACGCGUUCGAACGUAGCGCCAAUGAGCGGUCCUCAUUUCGACACUAUAGUUAUUCUCAGCCAUCCGCACACUACCGAACCACCGCGUCGCACCACAUAUCCUCACCAGGUCCCAUAUCACACAUAUCACGCUGGUCGAGUGUGCAGGGAGCUGGUUCACACGGUCUUUGGCGAGGUUCAAGUGGAAGCCGCUACGCCACAACACUUACGAGGCAACACAUCAAACGUCAACGGGAUCCCGUUGAGAUGGUGGUGAAAGCUCCGCCGUCAAUGGGAGCCUCAAAGGUAGAUCUGGUCUCAAUUGAAAACCGUCCAAUGGCAUCUCCUCAACCUCCAUACUCGCCAACUGCAUUUAGCUAUAGUCACUAUGAGACAGAUUCAAAUACCGAUAGGAUUCGCCGACUCCAAGACGAGCUGUCAUCCACACGUCGUGAAUUACAAGAACUCAAGAGGUCGUGCAGUUUGACAGGGGACCAAAAUUUGUUAUCACCGACGGCAGGAAAGCAAAACGUCAAAUCGACUUCAACUCAGUACCUGAACGAAAGCUCGUGGACAACGCACACUCUGAGAAAAAACGAAGGUAUGCCGUGCGGUGCAAGGAUCACAACGUCGGAAGUUCGUUCAACUGGUCCCAGUGAAAAAGGUCCCAGUCAUCCAGCAACUUCUGUUUAUAGUGAUCAGCGAACCAGAAAUACAACAAGUUGGGACGAUUAUAUGUUGCAUUCAUAUAAUCAACAAAGCAAUUAUGGAUAUCCAGUAAACGGGCUACGGAUUCGUUCGCGAAGUCCCUCUCCUCAGACAUCCAUUCCUUCGCAAGAUAGGGGACUGAUGGAUCGCAUGGAUGGUUUCAAUUCACCUUAUUUAGACGGUAUAAGGACCGUGUCAACUAGGCCAAAAGAAGCGAUCCAAAGACGGGCAGCCUUCGCAAAUAGCGCUCCACAUUCGCCCGUCACAGAGAUAAGAAGUCCAGCGUUCGACUCUCGCAGCGGUAGUACCGCGGUUAUGAGAAAUGGUCUGGGAACCUCUGGACUUCCUCCCGUUCCAAACCGAUUUUCAACUAUCCGGACGAGUCGAAACGAGCAUUCACCUGCCACAGACAAACUCACACCGAUGGGUCCACCAACGGAAGAGGUCACUAUGCAUAUCGAUCCCGAAACCGGAACACCGGUCAAGGUCACAUCAAGGUCACAGUCGUUCACAGAUUUGGAUCAGAAUGUGGUUGUCACAAAGACUGAUGAAAUAAUUGAGAAGGAGGAUGGGACUGAACACUGUACGAAGCAACGAACUGUCCGGAAAACUAUUCAGAAUUCACCGAGAACUCGCAGACCUGUGAAUCGCCUUGAAAGACAUUCGGAGUCGGUCCGCAGCAGUCGUGUGCUUCGUUCCAAACUAUCUGAAGAAGCUUCCCCCGAAUCACCAACGCGGCAAAGCAAAAUUAUCGGAGAUGCCACACCUUACCGCGCUACCAGUCAAACAAACCUUGCGGGACGUACUACGCUUGGUCAACAACCAUGGUCUUCUGAACUGAAUAUACGAACAAGCACGAGUUACAAAAACACCCCCGGGAUUUCAAACUAUUCGGCCCAUCGUGAAAACUUGAUGCGGCGAGAGGACCAGCGUAGAAUCAUUGACGAUGGCACUAGUCGACAGUAUUCAUCACGAUGUUAUGAUGAGUCCAAAGGAACUGGAACGGCGGAAAUUUUGGAGGAAAUGGAGACAAUUACAUUGCAGCCAAUCGGGCGUGGAGUACACGACCUUGAACCUGUAAGAUCAAUUGCUCGAUCUUACAGGGCCAAUACACCAACAGGACAUCGAUUUUCUCCUAUCCCCAUGGUUUCUCGGCCUCAUUCGUCCGCUGCUCGAAUACGUUCCCAAACCCCAACAUUCAAAUCGGGUGGAUUAAGUCCUGUUAAGCCGAACAGCAACGUUAGUAUUACCACAUUUCCAAAGCAUCCUGGUACGAUUAGCGUCAGUGAAACAGUUCAUUCCCUACCUGUCACUCCUCCAACGCAAGUACACCGUACGUUUGCUCAGGCGAACCCCGUCAUUCCACAUCAACAACGUAUAGAACACCAAGAACAAGCACACGAACCACAUGAGCCUCAGAUGGGCUACAUCAAUCGCCCAUCUUCACCCGGCCCCAUACCAGGGAGGUCUCGAAUAUUCGAUGACACCGACACAUCAGCACAUGUUGCGAUGCCGUUUCUUCACAAUUCUUCACAAACAAUCCGCCCGCCUAGUCCAUCUAAAGGGGCUUCCCGCGCCUACACUCCAGGUCCUGACACAUCGGAUGGAUAUAGAACAAUUGCAACGACAAACGUACAACGGGAAAUACACUCUCCCGGAGCGCAUUCCCCAUUUAUAGUCAAUGACAGUCGCGGUACACGGUAUAAUUCACUGUAUGAAGCUAGAGCGUCAGAAAAUCAUUUCGUCUCUAACACGUUUCCCGAGCAACAGUGGCGAGCACACACAGUUCCUCCAAACUAUGCCGCGAGCACAAGUGGAGCGAGUGGGAUUGGGGACUCCACGGAUUGGGAACAGGGACUCAUGAAGCUGGUGCGGGAGACCUACCGGGACUGGUACAUGCCAGACAAAAAGAGAGAAGAUAUUCAUUUCCUACUGCGUGACCGGGAACCUGGAGCAUUUAUCAUUCGAAAUAGUGUGUCUUGUGUGAACAGCUUCAGUUUGGGAGUGAAAAGCCCACCACCUGGGCCUUUGGUAUCUGCGAACCCGGAGUACAUGAAAUCAGGGCCAGUCAAGCACUUCAUGAUUCAGACUAUCCCGAUGCCUGACGGACGAACCGAAGGAGUACAGCUUCGCGGUUUCGAGGAUCAACCAAUAUUCCCCGGAUUAGUUCAGUUUGUCCACCACCACUGUCUACAUCCUGGACCCCUACCGUGUCAGCUCCGACUGCCAGUCACCAGCCCAAACAGUCAUACAAGAAUGGGAACGGGUUACUUUGGCUCACUGACCAAAUACGGACAAGGUAAUUCCACCACGGCCGGAGUUGGUGGUACGACGCUCCACAUGUUGUAUCUGGGAAGUGUUAAUGUGGACCGAUUGGAGAAUGAGGCUGCAGUAAGACGGGCAAUCACGCACAUUCUCACACAAUCAGCCAUCAAUGUGAACAAAUUGACAAAGCGCUGUGAAGCAGUGGUCGUGGUCAGUCCUCAAGAUGGCAUACGCAUUCAUGAUCGAGCCAAGCGUGGUCUUUUGGAGAAACAUAUCAAACCAAAUCAGAUAGUUUUUUGCGGUUUGGAUCCGGAAAGUCGUCUAUACACGGACCCGGAAUUGAGGACCCGCGGAAUGAUCCACGCAAGAACCGUCGGUUUGGUUGUUCGCAAGAAACAGUUCUGGAUGCACGGGAACCUGGUCUAUGUCCUCACCGAAAUCGAUCCAUCACAACCGGCACUUAACCUAGUCCAGUAUGUCAACCAAUGUGGUGUCCUUCAAAAUUUUAGUUGUUGCUGGUUUUUUGAUUGUUCUGACUGCCUGCUGAGUUCCGGUUUCUUCUUUCCCAUCUUCGCCUUUCCAAUCGAUCUGUUACUCCACGACUUUCAUCAACUUGGUCAAUAG